AUGGCAGGAAUACCAGAUGCCAAAGACCCAGUGUACCCCUUUGUGUGCACAUGGAGAAUUGGAGAAAGCAUCCUACUUCCCAAGACCACGGACCUUAGUGACCCUGGCAAGUUUAGGAACAUCACUAUGACUAACACCAGUGGGAAAGUGGCAAUGGGUAUGCUAGCUGAUAAAAUGCUCGACUACAUGACCACCAAUAAGUACAUCGAUACCUCUGUGCAAAAAGGCUUCCUGCGCAAGAUGCCAGGAUGCAUAGAACACACACAAGCGCUCAUGGAGGAACUGCGGGAUGCAAAGAGUAAGAGAAGACAGGUGUAUGCAGUAUGGGUGGAUCUUAUGAAUGCUUAUGGGAGAGUACCCCAUGAGCUGAUAGUGUUUGCGCUUCGGCACUACAAGUUCCCGGAAGAAGUGGUCCAAUAUAUUGUCAAGUACUACGACGAACUGGUAGUACGGGUGAAGACGAAGAAGUGGAAGAGUGAGUGGUUCUACUACCUAAUCGGGUUGUUUCAAGGGGACCCGCUUUCUGUCGUGCUAUUCUUAAUAGCAUUCAACCUACUCUUGGAUUUACUUCAGGUCGACAGAACAAUGGGAUACAAGCCGUCGUUCAGCUCUGAGCCAACUACAAACAGAGCUUUUGCAGAUGAUCUCACCCUGCUGUCUGACAGACUCGACAAAAUGAAGAGGCUGGUCGGGCAAAUGGAGGAAUUCUUAGCAUGGACAAGGACGAUGAGAGCUAAACCCAGCAAGUGUAUUGCUCUCGGAAUGAAGGUAGUGGACAAUACCUACAGAUCGUUUGACCCUGAGAUCAUCAUUGCAAACGAGAAAGUAGCGUACCUUGGUGACACACCGAUAAAGUUCCUUGGUCACUGGAUUUACGUCAACCUGGGCCAAGAUGAGACGAGAGAGCUAAUCACCACUCAACUUUCAGGCCAGCUGGAAAAAGUAGACAUGGCGGAGCUCUCUGGACCAAGCAAGUGCUGGAUCUACAACCACAUGCUAACUAGCAAAGUGUCCAAGGCCUAUAUGCUGAAGACAUCGGUUGACCCCAAAGUGAGGGAGGUUUUCGAGUACAGAGAAAACACCAACAGAGACAAGAAGAGAUGGGACUACACCAAGGAGCUGACUAAUAGGGAGAGAGACCUCUACUUCAAAGAACUGAUUGGCUACGUGCAGACCAGGGAAGGAGCCGGUAUUGGAUUCGGUGAUCAGAGGAGGAAGAAGAACAAAAAGGAGCAACUGGUGGAGAUAAUUAAGUCUCUGAAAGAAGAGGAGCUCCUUCAAACUCUCUACGAUAAGAGAGUCCAAGGAAAGUUUCUAACCUGGGAGAACACCAUGCAGCUAGACACUGGCUGGCAAAGCCUGCUGUAUACCUUGAGCCCUGAGCUGACAAAGUUCCACCUAAAUGCCAUCCACGACGUUGCAAGUACACCUAGCAACCUCCAGCUUUGGAACUACAGCUCCACGAACAACUGUCCCCUCUGUGGGCGUCAGCAGUGCAACCUAAAGCACAUUCUAACGUGUUGCCCAGUGUCGCUUAAACAAGGAAGAUAUAAUUGGAGACAUGAUCAGGUGCUCAGGGUUAUCGUGCAACCAAUUGCAGAGAAGCUGAGGGAGACAAACAGUGCUACCCCAAAGACAGAAGUGAAGAGAGAGUGGAGGAAGUUCGUAUCCGGAAAAGGAACCUACAGGAAACCCGAAGUACGGCUUACAGAAGAACCUCAUCUUCUAGAGGAAGGUAACGACUGGAAACUAGUGUUUGAUGAGGACGAAAGGACAAGACAAUUCCCCCAACAUAUUGUCAACACAGCUCUCAGACCUGAUGUGGUAAUAUACUCUAACACACUCAGGAAAGUCAUCCUGAUAGAGCUGACCUGUGGAAACGAGGAGAACUUUGAGGACCAGAGAUCCCGGAAAGAGAAGAGAUACGAAGAGCUAAUGGUGGAGAUCGAGACCGCAGGCUGGGAAGGAUAUCUCUUUACAGUAGAAGUUGGAUGUCGUGGAUUCUACCACCACACAUUACCCCGAAUUUUCAACUUCCUUAACAUCACCCGGGCAAAGAAGAAGAGGGCACUUAACACAACAGCGGUGGUGUCCCUGAAAGGUUCCUACACUAUCUGGCUUAGUCGCUACAACAAGACCUGGAGUGACAACUGGCAGCUGGCCGAAAGACCCUGCCCAGUUUAA